CGUUAUGAUGCUUUUGAGAGAUUUAAAGUCAUAAAUGCGCUUUGUGCCAGUGCGUCCUAGAUAGUUUUAUAGUAUCUUUUUCUUAUCUUCUAAUUUUCUUCAUUCUAAAUUUUAUUUUGAAAUUAUUAGAUGGUCGAUUGUUUCUCUUUUAUGACAAAAUAUUGCUUACUUUACGCCGGUUGUGGGCGUUAAUUUUUGAGAUGGCCCUUGUAUAUUCUAUUGCUGUAUUUAUUUUUGCAUCAUUUUUUGCUCAUUCUGUUCUUGCAAAUGUGCCAUACGAUAUCCGACUGGACGAAAAUGCGAAAAGGAUUCAUCAAAUAGAUUGCUUAAAUAUCUUAGUUUACGUGAUACUGCUUAUCCUCACCGUUUGCACCAUCUGGUUGUUCAAACAUCGGCGAGCCAGGUUUUUGCACGAAACAGGUCUUGCCAUAAUUUAUGGUCUAAUUGUGGGCGCCAUCAUCCGCUAUGGAGGACAAGACUAUGAGGUGGGCCAUAUCCGGGUGGUUCCUGCCAGAGGCUACGGUAGUAGUAACCUCAGUUACCCACCAGACAACCUGUUUUUUUCAAUGGAAGUUGCCAAGCAGAUGUCCAGCAAAGUCCUCAAGAAAGAGAACAAGACUUAUGCCUAUUCCUUUCGCGGAGAGAUCACAGAUGUGGAGAACAAAAAGCUAGAUCAGAAAGCCACUUUUGAUCCAGAAAUUUUCUUCAACAUCAUCCUUCCUCCAAUCAUUUUUCAUGCUGGAUACAGUUUGAAACGGAAAUAUUUCUUCAGAAAUUUAGGAACUAUUUUCACCUAUGCAUUUCUAGGGACCACCAUAUCCUGCUUUGCUGUCGGUGGAGUAAUGUUUGCCUUUCUUCAACUGAUGCCAAGUUUAGAAUUCAGUUUCAAUGAUUGCUUAUAUUUUGGAGCUAUGAUUUCUGCUACUGAUCCAGUGACUGUUCUGGCCAUCUUCCAUGACCUUCACGUAGAUGUCAACUUGUAUGCCCUGGUGUUUGGCGAGAGUAUUUUAAAUGAUGCUAUUGCCAUUGUCUUGGCAGGGUCGAUCUCAAACUACGCUGAGAUGUAUGGGAAAGGAGAUGACGCCUUUCAGUCAAAAGCUGCUUUCCAGUCCAUAGGAAACUUUGUCUACAUCUUCAUCUGCUCCUUCCUCAUUGGCUCUGGCACAGGAUGUCUGACGGCAGCCUUGACAAAAUUCACUCGCCUUUGUGACUUUCCCCUAUUGGAAUCUAGCUUGUUCGUUCUCAUGUCAUACAGCACAUUCCUAAUGGCAGAGGCUGCAGAUCUGACGGGAAUUGUUGCUGUCUUGUUUUGUGGUAUUUGCCAGGCACAUUACACGUACAAUAAUUUAACUUUGGAGUCCAGAGCUAGAACAAAACAGCUUUUCGAGCUGCUUAGUUUCGUGGCUGAAAACUUUAUCUUCUGCUACAUUGGUGUCUCCAUGUUCACGUACCAGAAACACUUUUGGCAUGCUGGAUUCAUCGUCACUGCCUUUAUUGCCAUCGCUGUAGGAAGAGCUCUCAAUAUUUACCCACUUUCUUUAUUGCUAAAUCUUGGUCGGCACAAUAAAAUUCCUCUCAGUUUUCAGCACGUACUCUUCUUCUCAGGGCUGAGAGGCGCUAUGGCCUUUGCGCUGGCCAUUCGUAACACCCUGUCCGAACAGAGGCAUCUGAUGCUGACCACAACGUCCCUCAUCGCCAUAGUGACAGUCAUGGUCUGUGGGGGACUGGCCACGCAGAUGCUGGCCUGGCUUGGAAUCCCAGUGGGUGUCGAAGAAGAUCUAGAAUUGCUCCAGUUUGGCAGUUUGAGAACGGCGUCUCAGGUGCCAACGCCCACUGACCUGCGAAGUCCACCAGCAGCACAGGUGCUAAAGACACCUUACGAAAAGGCCUGGCUGGUCAAGAAGUGGUAUAACUUCGAUCUGCGCUACAUGAAACCCUUGUUGACUCACAGCCGCCCUACCUUAAUGGAGACCCUUCCUUCAUUCUGCCACUCCUUAGCGAGGAUACUGACCAGCACGCAGCAACUAUCCAGUGAUGAUGCGGCAAAAGGAGAUGAUGAAGAUUCAGAUGCUGACAUGUGCCUGGAGGACAAUGCGCCCUACGGGGAUAGAGCUAAUGGAUUGGCCACGUUGAGUAUUACCGCCAUGCAGUUGAAUAAAGAGUUAAAAGUGGCGCAUCUACCAUAGAAAGUGAACUGGGUCGUCUCGCCGAUGCAAGGGUUCGAAUUCCCGGACCCUCUGGAGAUUUCGUAUGACGGAACAGGAACGUACAGUUUCUUGACUUCAUUUGUCACUAAUAACUGUCUACGAAUGACCAUCAAGAUGUUCUUCAGUGACUGUUCCACGCAGGGUUGAUUCGAAAAUGACGUUUGAAAUGACUCUUUCAUGAUUUGAGUUUCGCACGUGCAUUUCACAUGGAGUUAAAUUUUCCUGCUUAAUGAUGCUUAAGCAAUGAUCUUUCUUUACUGGCGUCUAGAGUUUGUACAACUCUUAGCU